AUGGAAAGGAGGGUGACGGCAAGGCAUAAAGGGAGUAUAUGCCAUGAGAAUUGUGAAUACAGGCAAAUCUUCCCAGGAAAUAGGUACAGUGAGUUUGAGAAUGCAGAGAGGCUGUUUGGUGUGAGCAAUAUGCUCACAAUCAUACAAAGUGUGGAGGCACAUCAAAGACAAGUUGCUGCAGAUUCAAUGUUUGUGGAGGCUAAUGCAUGGAGAAACCACCCAGUUCGUGGGGUUCUUGGCUUUGCUUCUGACCUCAUUUCUCAGAUUCACUCUCACUCAAACCAACUUCAAGUAGCCAGGAAACAGCUCCAGAUCUUCAAUCAUCAUCAUCAUCAUCAAGAUGAUGAUGACGAUAGGCUUCAAAGCCAAAACAUGAUGAUGCAAAUCCAAAUGCCUACUUCUUCCUCUUCACCAGAAAUCCCUCCGCCGAGUGGCCUGCAGCUUCAUGAUUCUACUGAUGAAAUACUUAGUGUUAUGAGUGAAAUUAUUUCUUUUGAAGAAGUGAAGCCAUUGGAGGUCCAAGAAAUCAUGAGGCUCCUUGAAUAUUACAGGCGUCGAAGGGUUCAACAAACAAGGAGUGAGAUUAAGGUAAAAGGCGAGGACCAGAGCAACGUUGGGAAAGAUGAAAAGAGAAUUGCUAUAGCAGAAGUUUCAGAAGAUGAAAAUUUGGACAUUAUUUGGUGUCAUUUUUAA